ACAACCGCAACAUCGUUGCCAUCAAGGUCGUCGACAUAAGUCCAUCGACAACUCGCCAUCAGCCACCUGGUUCAUCAAUAUACGCAUUACAGAAGCCUCGCGAACCUCUGCGCUUUCUGUCAAUGCCAUCUAUGGGGCUUUGAGCGGUGGAAUUUGGCCUACAUUAACCCCUUUUCUGACUCCUCCCGCCCGGCGCAUUAUCGGAUUAUCCUAACCCCCGUCCCUCGGGGACAUCCACCAUGGGCGUCAUCCGUAAGAAGAUCGCUGCACGAGGCGGCGAGGGCGGUGUCAAGUAUGUAUGCGACGUCUGCUCAGCAGACAUAACGUCUACGGUCCGAAUUAGGUGUGCACACAGCGCUUGCAAUGAAUAUGAUCUCUGUGUCCAAUGCUUUGCGCAAGGAGCGUCCAGCAAUGCGCAUCAGCCACAAACCCAUCCCUAUCGAGUAAUCGAACAGAACUCGUUUCCAAUCUUCGACCGAGAAUGGGGCGCGGACGAGGAGCUCCUUCUUCUGGAGGGCGCGCAGAUCUACGGCUUGGGUUCGUGGGCCGACAUUGCGGACCACAUCGGCGGCUACCGAAGUAAGGAUGAGGUACGCGACCACUAUCUCCAGGUCUACGUCGACUCGCCCAACUUCCCCCUUCCGAAACGAUGCAGUCCCCAUGACAUGGAACUGGCAAACGAAAUCUCUAGAGAAGAAUUUCAGGCGCGCAAGAAGCGACGCAUCGAGGAAAGGAGGGAAGCCGCCAAGAACGCCCCAACCCUCCAAGCGAAGACGAAGCCGACAGCCAGUGUUCCAUCAUGCCACGAAAUUCAAGGAUAUAUGCCAGGACGUUUGGAGUUUGAGACCGAGUUCUGCAACGAAGCGGAAGAGGCUGUCCAGCUCAUGCAGUUCGACCCAGGAGAUGGAAUUAAUCCACGGACAGGCGAGCUGGAACCGGAGAUGGAGCUCAAACUCACCGUUAUGGAGAUCUACAACUGCCGGUUGACGCAACGAGUUGAGAGGAAGAAGGUUAUAUUUGAGCACAACCUGCUCGAUUACAGGGAAAACACAAAGUCGGAAAAGAAGAGGUCGAAGGAGGAACGCGAUCUUCUGAACAAGGCGAAACCCUUUGCGCGGAUGAUGAAUCGCGUCGACUUUGAACAGUUCUGUCAAGGGUUGAUUGACGAGCUCAACCUGCGGCAGGCAAUUGCACAACUACAGGAAUGGCGUAGUCUCCGGAUUGGUGAUCUACGAAGCGGCGAGAAGUAUGAGCAGGAGAAGCAGGCACGAAUUCAGAAAUCAAUACCGCUGGGUUCCAUGGACCGCGAACGACUGGCGAGUGCUCAGCGCAGCAAACAACCGCCACCACCAGAUCCGCCAAGUGGCGCGGCUCUGCUGGUCCAACCUGAGCUGCCGGCGCGUAUGCAGUCACCUCAUGUCAUCGCCGAGGCCGAGAAACUCAGCAGCAUGAAAGUGGAACCCGGGCAAGUCAACAGUGAAAGUGUAAUCGUUGCCAAUGGCGACACUACGCCGUCAAAACACAAGUCCUUACCACAACCCGUUCCCGGGAUACAACCUCUUUCACUCUCUCAGGACAAUGCUCCCGACCUUCACCUCCUUACGCCGGAAGAGGUCAAGCUGUGCGAGGUGCUCAGGAUUCAGCCGAAGCCUUACCUGAUGAUCAAGGAGCAGAUCCUCAAGGAAGCCGUCAAGGGCAACGGGAGUUUGAAGAGGAAACAGGCUAAGGACAUUUGCAGAGUCGAUCAGCAGAAGGGAGGGAGGAUUUUUGAUUUUAUGGUGAAUGCGGGUUGGGUGGUGAAGGCUUAGAGGACCUGACCAGUCUCGAGCACUACAUACUGGGAGCAAGGGUUGGACGGGUGGGUGCUUUUGAUUUCUACGUGAUGAGCGUUGGAGCCGGGCGAACGAAUUUUACUUCAAUAAGACAACGGCGUUUGGGACGGGAGCGAAUGACGAGUGCCAAAAGGGAUACCCUCAUACACACGCUGGUCGGAGAGGGCGUUUCCUAAUAAAGCUCUUUGGAGAGACCGAGUCGGCAUGCAUCCACAUCAUAUUCACAUUGUACAUAGUAUGUCUUUGGUUUACCAUAAUACCAUUUUACUCUUUUGCUGGAGCGGGGCUACAAUCUAGAGAUUAACUGAUCUAGUUUUC